AAGCCACUAUCCACGCUUUGUUAUCGACCUGAAUGCUUUUUUAUUAUUAUUUUUUUAAUGACUAAUGUUCCUAGUGUGCGUAUGGCUGAGAGAAGCGCUUGUUGGAAAGAAAAUUCACAAGGACAGACGAAAAGCAAAGACAAUAUAUUAAUUAACCCGGCAACAUGCUCCAAAAAUGCGAAUUUUUUUUUUUUACGUAGUACAUCUACAACAACGUGUAAAUAAAGAGGACAAACGUACAGAGGAUGCAGCACGUUUUUAUAUUAGUAGCACGGUUCUGUCCCGUCCCCUAUGUUCUGCUCUUAGUCGCGUUUGAUAUUUUUGAAAACGGAGAAUGUUGAUUUGGUGUUUACUCUGGCAAUCACUUCGAAGUUUUCGAUUAGCCGUUUCUCAGCCUCGAAACUUCUUGACACACCGCCCACUGGCUCCGGAAGGAGACAGUGGUUAGUAAAGAGGAUGGAAGAGAGAAAGAGAGAGGGAGCGUGUGGUUUACUUCACAGGCUCUCAUAACGACUGCCCUUGAGAAGCAUAUUUGUUGCGCUUCUUUGCAGAGCAUUUACAACUCCUCGGAUAACGCGAUCGUAGACAUCCAAGCUGUAAAAAUACGAACGCGUCUGCUUACACCUGCGCGGAAAGCGCUGAAAUGCCUUCACGUUAGCUCUGUUUUUUAUUUUUUUUCUAAUUCUCUGUAGCUUCUUGAGAGGGCAAUACCGUCUCGAGACUCGUGUCGACGGUGCCAAGCGAGCGGCGUCGACUGCCCCUUACCGGAGCGAAUAAGAUAUUCCUCGGCAGGAGGAGGGUGCCAGACAGACGAGCAGGUGUUCGAUUAAAGCGCCUACGGCGGUUCUGCCACGUAACAGCAAUGAAAAUACGCAGAGGAAAGGCGGCUCCUCUGGUGGGCAAUAAAAUAGAGAAAGCACAGGCAGGCAGGCACGAAAGUGGCGGCUAGCGGCGGGCAUAGGCGGCGUGACGGGACCGCACGUGCCGUAAGCAUGCCAGCGCCGAUUGGACGCCACGGGGCGACCAAUGAGGCGAGCCGACGCUGUGCCGUCCUCCCCACCGCCUCCCCCCUUGGCUGCGCCGGCGGCGACUUGACGCGUGCCGGCCCCGAUCGGCGGGUGUGUGGCGGUUCGGAGAGCUGCGUUGUGUGUGUGAACUAGCGUGUGCGCGCGAUUUCUCUCCGAGCGACAUGCUUUCAUUUUGCGGCGAAGAAAGCAGAACCCGCCUUCCAUUUUUCCGGUGCGCGUGAUUCUUCGCCCUGUCAGUGUCGAUCGAACGAGUGACCUUGAGCUUGCGACUUCCGACCCGUGCGCGCACGGCGUGUCGGAGCCUGUGCUUGUCCCAAGCGCAACGUACAGCACGCGGUUUCGCUUUCGGAGCGCGGAUUCUUCACCACGCCACGAUCUACAUCCCCCUGGCGUCGUCGCUCCGCGACCACUGCUUGCUCUGUGCGCGCGGAGGGAGGUUUGGUUUGAAACAGUGUGGCACGCGUUGGUUCAUGUGUGCUAUUGUCUGGAGGAGCCUCCUGGUGAAGGUAUCGUUGUGAAGUGUUAUUGGAGAGCGGCAGAGUGGAAGCGGCGUUGAGAUCCCCGCUGUCGCCUCCGCCCGGCCUCGCUGAGGCAGUGCUGGAAGAGUCCGGAUCCGCAAUGCCUGUCGCUUCCGGCGCGCCGCCUCCGUCGCCAAUGGCUAGUGGUGCGGAACCGAAGACCGGCGGCAGGAGGGUGUCCAAGCCGCUGAUGGAAAAACGACGCCGUGCGCGCAUCAAUCGCUGCCUCAACCAACUCAAGGCCUUCCUCGUGGACCCGUCCAAACCGGAGAGCCCGCGCCAAUCGAAGCUGGAGAAGGCGGACAUCCUCGAGAUGACCGUGUGCCACCUGCAGGCCCUGCACCGGCAGCGGAGAACAGCUCGUCUUCUAGACGACCCCGAGGUCCGGCAGAAGUUCCGCGCUGGCUUCGAAGAGUGCAUCCUGGAGAUCCGCCGUUUCCUCUGCUCGCUGGCGGAGCAGCACCAGACGCCGCUCGGCGGCUGCUGCGACCCCGUGGCAGCCCGCGAGCGCAUCCUGGGACACCUGCAACGACGGGCCAGGGAGAUACGGGACCCCGACGGCGCCCUCGCGCAGUGCACCUCGACCGCGGCCGGCCCCGACACCGCCGUCGAUCCCCCGGCACGGCCUUCGAGGCGACCCGCUCACAGUGAAGCCGCCACGCCAGAGUCGAGCCACAGCUCCCUGGACACGACGGCGUCGAGCGACGAGCUGGCCUCGGAGACGUCGUCCUCGAGGUCUCCCUCGCCGUCGGACGUCGUCGUGUCCCACGCGGACGUGCGCCUGCGGCCCAAAAGGCUGCGCAACGGGGACCUGGUGCUCGUGCUGCCGCGCGACCUGGUCGCCAACGCCAGGAUCGUCGCCGCCGCCUCCGCCGCUGAAUCCGACGUCAAGACCGCACCCCUGCCGCCUCGGCCCUCGACGUCCGGCACGGACGUCGGCGAGGUUCCCGCAGCGUCGACGUCACCGGACGUCGUGGUCUCGUCGUCCACGACUGCGGUGACCGAGGAACCGGUCGCGCCUCCUGCUCCUUUACCACCCGUCUCCUCGUCACCAACGUCUUCUUCCUCUGCUGCUGCUGCUACUUUGCUGUUGCACCCGUCUGGUGUCGAAGUGACGUCGCACGAUGACGUCUGGAGGCCUUGGUGACGAAUCCCACGCUGCCGCGUCUGUCGGGAACGCGGCGCUUGUUUGAUAAGCCGUGGAAACUAACGCGUUCCGUUUAGUCGACGAAGAUGUGGACCCACUGCGCGUGGUACGCUGUGUAAACGCGGAGACAAGCAUACUGAACACUUCGUCAAGCACGGCAUGCAUGGCUCGUCUCACGUGGCCUUUUCGUGGCGUCAUCGACGCAUAAGUCACAAAGAGUCACAAAGUGCCCUGAUGAAUCCGAGUCCGACGGGGAACGAACAAUGUCUCUUUCUGUCGCGGAAGGUGUGUGUGGUUAGGAUUAUUCGGCGGGGUCGCCGCAUCUACUGUAAUUUGAAGAAUGAACCAGUCCUCCGAAAUGCCGGGGUUUCAGUUUGCGCAAGUAGGUGUACAUUUGAAGCAUUUUUUUUUUGUUUUUUGUUUUAACGCGUCCGAUAGCGUUUGGCUGGUUUAAGCGAAAUCACGGCUCGUAUUCGAAACAAAAGAACUCUUGCGCUGUAUUUGUUCGUAAGAGAAAAUUCCAGUUAAUUCUUACGGUGGGCAUAUCAUUGGCGAAGGCGCCCCACCAAUGGCAGAGAGCACUACGAACUAAAAGCUGUGUGAAUACGGGCCCAGUUUGUGUUAGAAUAGGGAUGCAUAUAUAUACAUGCCGGUCAUCAAAUCUAUAGUUCUGCUGACUUAAAUGGAGCGGUUCCGGAGAUGGAUUUUCAGUGAAACUAGAUUGGCACAUGUUCGUCUUCGGUUCGAGCGCUCCGUCAAUUAUAAUUUGGUACUGCUUGGCCGCUUGAUCCAUAGAGAACACGCGAUCCUAUACACAAUCCUGCUGCUGUUCUGCUGUUUCUUCACCUCAUGUCAUUUCAACUACCCUUUCUAUGGCACCCAUAGCGUGGAAAAACUGUCGUUGACGAAAGUGGCAACAGUAUAAAUACCAUCAAACAAAUCGUUUCAAUAUUUUCUUUCUUUCAGGUUGCACGAAAGUCCGUUCCAAUGUUAAACUUACAUUUUUUUUUAUUUGGACGGAAUUUGUCUUUGCAAGCAGACAUUCCAGUAUAGGAACUCUCCGAGAUCGUGGCAUCGCACGGAAACACCGUCGUUAGCCUUCGUGCAAUCUCUCAGCCAAGGGAAGAGAUGAAGCGAAAUGGUCUGGAAUGAUAGCCACAACCAAGCAGGGAAACGCAUUAUUUUUUUACAUGUCGCUGUGCCUUAUGUGCCGAGUGCCAUUUGUUUGCGAGUGCCUUUCAAUUUGCUUGCGUCACAAUAUGCCGAGUAACAGGAAAUAAAUGUAGCGAACUCUUAUAAUGUACAUCGUAGCAGUGACGUAGCCACGAGGGGGAGGAGGCACAAUCGUAUGCGCCUGACCCCGCCCCCCGACAGGAAAUUUCUGGCCACGCCACUGCAUCACAGUCAGAAACCGUUGUUUGCGCUCUUAAACGUGUCGGGGUGUUGAUACAUCGAGAAAAGAAAAAAAAAACGUGUUCAGCCUUUCGGUUGUCAUCAAAUGUGCGUGUGUAUAAGCGAGCCUUCGAACUAUACCUCUUAUAAGUAUUGCCAUUUUCGGGGCGUGUGGAUAAACUGACAUUGAAAGGAUAUUUUGCGCCAGCGAACAAGGACAGAAGGAAGACGACAGGAAGCGCAUUGUGGUGUCGUCUGCCUUCUGUCCUUGUUCGCUGGCGCUAAACAUACUUUCAAUCUCUUUUAAGUGAACGUAUUACUGCUGUGUGUUACAAAGGCAUAGAAUUGCUGUUUCGUUCGACAGUUCAGAGAGAGAAUGUCGGGAAAAGUGUGUAUGCGCGUUAAUGUUUUCGCACUCUUGUAUUUUCUUGCAUAAGUUAUACGUAUUCGACUUACUGUCGACAGUGUCGCAUGUGAGUUUCGCGCGGUGUUUGCAUGCCGGAAACAGCGCUGCCCACUUUGAAUGUAUAAGAGUGGAUCGUGUAAUAAAGAACCUCCGCUGUUACGUGACUGCCGGAAA